UGUUUCUGAACGCAGCCCAGGUGACGCUGGUAUACGGCGAUUUCGGCGAUCCCACGAAAAUGUCGAGAUGGCCGCUCUCAGUCUUCAGUCUUCUCUCUGGUUCAAGUAGAUUGGAACGCAGCUUCUGUAGGAUCAUGUAGGAUAGAAAGAAACGGAGAGAAAGGAGUGGCUUUUCGUUUUAUCUACAAUUAUUAGCCGGAUUUUGCUCCACACAUACAUAUAGAAUAUUAGAGUGAGAUUAAAGUUUUUCUAAGAAAACGAAAUGGAUAAAGUACAAGAAAUGUUGAAUGCCAGAUUAAUUGCAGCAAACAAGCAUAUUGAACUGUCGGUUCAGUAUAAAAAAUUAAAGACUGACCAGGAACGUGUAGUAUUUACUCUGAACAUAAUGCAGGAAUAUGGCAUAGUUCCUAGUGCAACUGGUAUGCCCAAAAAUGCCAAAGAAUCUGAAAAAUUACGAGAGAAGGGCAAUAAGAUUUUCAUAAAAGGCGCCUUAAACAAUAUAAGAUGCAUUGAAGCUCUAAAACUAUACACAAAAAGCAUAUCCGUUGCACCUUAUCCAUCUGAGCAGCUUGCUCUUGGUUAUGCUAAUAGGUCGGCUGUUUUGUUUCAAUUAGGCCUGUAUUUGGAGUGUAUUCAGGACAUUGACAGAGCACUGGCUCUAAAUUAUCCUGAUAAUCUAAGAGCAAAGCUUUAUCUGCGUAAAUCAGAAUGCUUAAUGAUUUUAGGAAAUCAGUCUGUAGAUGACACACUUAAAAAAGUGCAGCACUGGCUGGACAAGAUGUCUUUAAAUGAUACAAGUCGAGAAAAAUUAAAAACUAAGCUUGAUGUUUUACGCAACCGGAAUACACAAACAAAAUUAUGUGCUACAGACACAAGAAGAAAGGUAUUGGAAUCUCCUCUACCUACUAUUGCAUCCCACAAUGAUGAAGUUCCUUGCGCAUCGGAUGCAGUAGUCAUAAAAUACAAUAACCAUUAUGGCAGACAUAUUGUUGCUACUCGUGAUAUCUGUCCAGGAGAAGUAAUUGCUGUAGAGAAACCUUACUCAUUAAUAUUAAAGCAAGAAAAUAUGCAGACGCAUUGCUCAAAUUGUUUAAGGGUAUGUUGGGCAAACAUACCUUGUAAUUAUUGCACUUAUGCUAUGUAUUGUUCCGAAGAGUGCAAAAAUAUUGAAUGGAAAAAAUGUCAUGAUGUAGAAUGUGCCAUCUUUCCUGCUUUGAUCGAAUAUUCCUUCUAUAAUCUUGAUUGGUGCAGCAUAAGGCUUGCUGUGCUUGCUUUGAGAGAUGCUGGUGGAAUGAAGGAAUUAAGGACAAUGUUAAAAGAAGUUGAUGAACACGCUGAUCCACGAACGAGGGGUUUUUCUCAAGAUGGAAAAUUACAUAGCGAUAGGUACAUUAGCGUGUAUAGCCUUGUGACGAAUAGUGAAAAAAGAUCCGUCUCUGAUCUCUUCAAGAGGUCUUUGGAUACUUCCUUCAUUUUAUACUAUUUAGCUACACGCACUGUGAUAUUUGGUGCUAAAUUACCAGAGGAUUUAAACAUACUGAUUAACAACGAUGACAUUACGUUCUUUGGCGGUCUUAUUUUAAGACAUCAACAAAUAAUCCCCAGCAAUAUGCACACUGUAUAUACUGUGAUAUCAUUUGGUGAAAUGCAGGGUCUGGAGUAUAAGGAACGCGGUAUAGCGUCUAUGCCAUUUCUUAGCUUAAUUAAUCACAGCUGUGAUCCAAAUAUAUUGAGACACUCGAGAUCUGAGCAUAUAGUAUUAUAUGCUAUGUAUCCCAUUCGAAAAGGCGAACAAUUAUUAGACAAUUACGGAACACAUUAUGCCAUCAUGUCGAAACCAAUGAGGCAUCAGAAGCUACUUAAACAGUAUUAUUUCACCUGUGAUUGCAUACCUUGCCAGGAAGAUUGGCCUUUAUAUCACGAAGUAAAGUCAUAUAAGACUUUAGUAAGAAAAUCAGAGGAUCAGAAUAAGAUAAAAAAAGCGUUAACAAAAUUUAAUACAUACAUUCAGUUAGCAACAAACGGCAAUGUUCAGGAUAAACCUUAUAUCAUUGAAGACUUGUUGAAAAUGGUACAAGUACUGCACGAUUGCGUGCCGAUGCCUUGCGAAGAGAUGAGUAACGUUAUCGAAACAUUAAAACGAGUAUAUGAUUUGAACGGUAAUAUGUAUGAAAUACCGCAAGUACGAACAUAAAUCAGAAGUAUGUUAUAUUUUUUGACUGAAGAGAUAAAGUUCCGAAAAUGGUUAACUUUUAAUUUCGAUGAAACUUUGUCAAAAACUUUAUUUAAGAUUAAAAUUAGAGCCCUUAAAAAAUUUUUUGCGACUUCCUACGAUAAAAUCAUUUGUUAACAUAAAAUAAUAAAAAUAUGUGUGAACAUCUUUCAUGCAGACAACUUCAAAUAAUUUUCACUCGACUUUAAUGUUGAUCAUCAAGAUCAUUAAUCUUUUCCAUCAUUUGUUGUUAACAAAUUAUUAACAAAAUUUUCAUAAAUAGAACUUGAAAAUAAUUCCAUUUAAUAAAAUCCAUGUGAAAUAGUAAUUGUAAACCUCAUUUUGUUCUUAAACAAGGAGGGAGGUAGCCCAUACUUUGUAUUGAAAGUCAUAUAUUGUAUCUAUAUAUUGUAAAUGUAUUUUACAAAGAAAAUUAUUUAAUACAAACAAUAUAUAUUUUUAUCAUCUUAAAAAAUGGUUUUAUGACAGGAGUCGCCAAAAUCCCUUUAAAAGCUUUUAGUUUAAUUUUAAAUAAAGCUUUUAACAAAAUCUUAUCGAAAUCGGAGAUUAAUUGUUUUCGGAACUUUGUCCGACUGAUGAAACAACGUUACUGUUACUAUCUUUAUCUAAUCUCGUGCAUGAUUAAUUGUAUAAAUACAUUUUACAGAAACUUCUUGAAAGGUAAGAUAAAAUAUUUUUAAAUACAAGAUAUAAGAUAAUUUCUUUGAUGGAAAAAAUAUUUUUUAAAGCGGUAUGUUAAAAUGUUUAUAGAUAUAAUGUUAUAUUUAUUAAUCCUUUCGAUACAAGCAUCGCUUUUACUCGACAGUUGUGCUUGCUGUAUCUUGUUCGAUGAUAAUAUUCUAUCUUAAUUUUUGUUUCUAUUAUGUAAUCAAACUUUAUUUGACAGUUGUUGAGGUUGUGCCAAAGAAAGGUACAGAGUUUUGCGACUUUAAACUUUUCUAAAGAGUAUUUGGUAAUACUUCGUGGCAGAUUCUCAUCGUAUCGAAAGGGUAAAGCGUAAAGUUAAAUUUUGAUAUGUAUUAUAACAUUUUUAAAAGAUUAAACAAUAGUGUGUACAA